AUUCUCUCAUCUUCGAGAUUUAUAGUCUCUUUUGCCGCUUGAAUUCUUCCAAGUUGGUGAGCUGCUAUGGCAACUCAUCAGCAAACGCAACCUCCUUCCGAUUUUCCCGCUCCUGCCGAUGACAAUUCCCAGAUUCCAGAGGCUACAAAGCCUGCAAGUGAGGUUCAGCAAGCUACCAUAGCUCAGGAAACUGUUAAGCAGGAUCCUCCAACAUCUGUGUUUAAGAAUUCAGAACCUAUACGGGAGGAUCAAAUUCAGAAUGCUAUCAAAUUCCUUUCGCACCCGAGGGUUAAAGGCUCGCCUGUUAUACACAGAAGAUCUUUUCUUGAGAGGAAAGGUCUCACUAAAGAAGAGAUAGACGAAGCAUUCCGCCGUGUUCCUGAUCCACCACCAAGUUCGCAGACAACUGUUACAAGUCAAGAUGGACAGCAAGCAGUGUCAACUGUUCAGCCACAAGCUAUGCAGCCUGUAGUAGCUGCUCCUGCUCCACUCGUUGUGACUCCGCAGGCAGCUUUUCUCUCUCGGUUUCGCUGGUACCAUGCUAUUCUUGCUGUUGGAGUACUUGCAGCUUCUGGUGCCGGAACAGCUGUUUUUAUAAAGAAAUCUCUCAUACCCAGAUUUAAAUCCUGGGUCCAAAGAAUUAUGUUGGAAGAAGAAACUGACCCUCUGAAGAAAGCUGAUGCUAAACCUAGCUUAGCUGAAGAAGCAGUAGCUGCAGGCAAAGCUGCUUCUGCGGCUGCUUCUGAUGUAGCCAGGGUUAGUCAGGAAAUGAUGAUAACCAAGAAUGAAGAGAGGAAAUAUUUCGAGGACUUAACACACCUGUUAGGUGUCCAAGUACAAGAAAUGAAGUCCUUGAGCAAUAAUAUCCGUAAGCUCGAAGGACAACCCAACAACAUUCCAAAGAUUUAUUCCGCUGAUCAAGAGGUUUAUAAUGGUUCAGUCACUGCAGCAAGGAAACCCUAUACAAAUGGCAGCAACGUUGAUUAUGACACACGUUCAGCGCGAUCUGCAUCUCCUCCUGCGCCACCAGCUGAUUCCUCUGUGCCCCCUCAUCCAAAGUCAUACAUGGAUAUAAUGUCAAUGAUCCAGAGAGGAGAGAAGCCUUCAAACAUUCGGGAGAUUAACGACAUGCCGCCUAAUCCGAACCAACCACUAUCAGAUCCACGCAUCGCUCCCAAAUCUAAGCCAUGGGACUAUGGUCAAGCGCCACAAGCCGAGAGUUCCAAUGGUCAAUGGUGGCAACAGAAAAACCCUAGAUCCACGGAUUUCGGCUAUGAGACAACAACAGCGGCGCGUUUCACUGCUAACCAAAAUGAAACAAGUACAGUGGAACCAGCAGCUUUCCAGAGGCAACGGUCAUGGGUACCUCCACAACCACCUCCAGUUGCCAUGGCAGAAGCAGCAGAGGCCAUUCGCCGUCCUAAGCCACGAGCUAAGAUAGACCAAGAAGCAGCUGCUAGUGAUGACCAGUCAGGUGUGAGCGAUGAGUUACAGAAGAUCACUAAGUUCUCUGAAUCUGGUGGUGAUGGAUCAGAAAGAAUUCAGAUCACAGAGAUAGAAGAAGAAACAGAACAGCAACAUAUCAGCCCAGAAGGAAACUAAAAAUAAUAAUUAGUGUUUCUUGAUACUUUAUGAGGUUUGCUUGUAAGAAAACAUGCAUUUAGGU